UUAUACGUGCGCUCGUAUUUUUUCUGUAAUUUUUAUCUUGUAAUUUGCCUGUCAUUUCAUGGCAGUAUUCGAGUUUUUUGUUUAAAUAUUUGAACUGAUUAAAAUGAUAUAAUUUCUCCGGCAACGCGAGUGUUAUUUGUGUUGUUAUGAUUUUAUUUCACUAUUAAUUGGACAAUAAUUCUAAUGGAGUGCGGACGUGAUUCCUGUGGAAGAGGAGACUGAAACAGAAAUAACAAUCUCAAAAUCACUCGAUCUUGAACAUGAACCUCUUACAACGACAAUUCCCACUCCUCGAGAUGACCUGGACGAUAUUUCCAUUCAAGAUAUCUUAUCAUCAGACAUAGACGCCAGUGAUAAAAUCGACAAAAAGAUAAUUAACACUAUCACCGAGUUUUCAUCAAAUUGUAACGUUUACAAACAAAUGGAACUUUCGUUGAAGAAUUUCACAUUUCCGAAAAAAUCAAUAAACAUCGAUCUGGGAAUAGGACAUGCUUCAUUUUACAAUUUCGCCAUCACAGAAGAAUCUAAUACAAUUAGCAACAAAUUAAAAAAAUAUUCUACUUUGAUAGGAUGCGAUUGGUCAAGAAAAGCCAAGGUUGAAGUGACUUCGCCCGCGAACAUCAAAAUUUCUGCAAAUAUAAAAAUCAUCGAAAUAACAGAACCUUCGGAUGGAUUAGUAUUGCAAUCGACGAAUGAAGGAUCAAUUACUAUACUUUUAAAGAACAAUUCCAUUUCAAAACAAUUCUUCGUCCCAGAAAAUGAUACCAAACUUGAAGAAAACAUUCAACGAACAUUUUCCUAUUUUAAAACAGAAGUAUACCUUGAUGUAGGCACAAAAUUCCAAAAGUUGAUCUAUAGCAAUUUAGAAGUACUCCUCAGCGAAGUGGAAUCAUCCGUAGAGCAAUUUUUUGUCGAUCAAUUGAACGAACAACUGUCUAAAAAUGGCAUCGCUGUCGGUGAAAGCUGCUCAAAAUUCAUCGAUACGCAAAAAAAAUCGAAAAAAAUCAAUUUGCCUUUCUUAAACAACGAUUUCAAUAACUUAUAUGUAAUACAAAAUGUAUCUCUCGAUACAUGGAAAGGAAUUAGUUUAAGUGCAGGGCCCAUUGUAAUCAAGGGUAUUUCCCAUUUCAACAGUACCGAAUUGAGUGUUUCAGGAACUGAGUUAUCUAGUCCAGAAUAUGAUGGUCAAUAUCUUAGCACUCCAAGGUACGAUGAUCCCGAGAGAAAGGAUAUUACAGUUCGGAUUAAAACGAAUGGUUUAAAAGGCAAACUGGACUGGAGUUAUAAUUCAAAACAAAGGUCGUUUCCUUUUUCCAUCGAUUUCAUUUUGUUUGAAAUCAAGAAAAGCAAAGUUUACAGUUACACAAGGGUCUAUAAUCGUUACGGUAACGAUAAGUAUAGUCGAAGCGAUGAGAAUAAAAUGAAUGUAGAUUUAUACAUGGGAAAUAUUCAAAUCAAAUCAUCUAAAUCUAGUGUUUGUGAAAAUGAGAAGGAAUUUGUCAACUUUGUUCUUUCUGAAUAUUUGAAGACAAUUGUAAAAGAUUCGUUGAAGAAUUCGCUAGAUAAAAAACUCCAGAAUAAUCCUUCUGUUGUAAAUUGUUGACGUGUUAUUCUUACACCAUUAGUUUUUCUCUCUCUUUUUUUUUGGAGGGGAGAACUCAGAAAUACGUUUUAUUUCGGAAAGUAAAAUAGAUGUAAACAAUCAAUAUUUCAUCAAAUAAAUCCACAAAGUUGAUAUUUAAAAUA